GAUCCAAAUCCUCUUAAUUUAUUAUUCAUCCAUCCAUCCGCACACAGCAAUUCAACAAAUUGAUUGGAUUGCAUUUGGGCAAACUUUCAAGGAACCUUGGCUAUCUGCGAUGAGAUAGAGUGCGAGCGAGCGAGCGAGAGAGAGUAGAUACUAGAGAGAGAAACCAAACGACGUACUGCCCUCCUCUCCCCCAUUGAUCGAUCAGUCGCUCAGUCCCUCAUUCUCUUAUUCCACUCUUUCGCCCACACUUAUUACUCCCAUUCUAUCCCUUUGCUCCCACACCACAUUCACUCUUUUUCUUUGGACGUACCGGUACAUUUACGCCAACCAAAGGGACGGAAGGGAAGCGGCAAGCUGGAGACGGACGACGGAUUCGACAAUAAUAUUACAAUAUUUCAGACGAUACUCGACCCGCAGCACAUUCACUUGCAUCCAAAACAUUCAUUCAUUGGCAUGCCCCUUUGGCAGAAUCACAGAUCUCAAUUUCAUCUGUCACAAAAAGACUAGCCGUCCUGGAUAUCUUACAUAUUUCACGGUUAUCGAUACCCGACUUUGACUUGAAAACAGCGACUGCCUUACACUUUCCUUUUUCUUGUUCGGCCCCUUAAGAGAACCGUUUCGAAUUCCAUACCAUACAAUUCGUGCAGGUCACUUAUUCGACUGACUGACGGCAUACUGACGAAGACAUCUAUCGAGCCAGACUUUCCGUGCAACUCAAUUCAUGCACCGCGCAACGAAUUUCAUUCCCCAGGGAUACCGAAACACCCCAACACAUUCAUUACAAUCUGUGAAGCACAACUGCCGAUAGCAUUCCUUCAUUUGAGUUGUUCAACUUAUCACUAUUGGUAAUUGUCAAGUUGCAAAACGAAACAUCUUCGCUAUUGGCAAUUGCUCACAAUUUUCGUCUGAUCAUACCCGACCCGUUACACUUCUUCCCUUAUCUUCCAUUUCCCCAACUUUCUUCCUGUCGUGCACGCUUUGUUCUUUCGUCUCGAGUCAUUUUUUUGCCUUCCGAUAUCUCGAGUUGGACGGCAUCCAUUGAAACGAGAAUUGGGAAAGUUUCUUCACUAAAUCUCACUCGGGCUUUUGCUUUUAUACUUUUCUCUAGAAUUAGAUUUAUAUUUUAAGGGUCGGGAAGUUGUAAAUCACAGUGUGAGACACUGGGCAUCAUGUUUCGAUCCCGCAAGAAGAAGGAUGCCAAGGACGCAGCAGAAGGAGUAGGUCGAGGAUCCAGCGAUACCGAGCACACAGUGGCUGUCAAAUCAUCAAAAACCUUUAGACUCGGGAAGAAGAAAGAAGAACCGGAACCGAAGCUGGAAUUGGACCUUGAGAAUGCUCUGCCAUCGUCGGAUGACUUUCGAACAAGUCUGUUGAUGAAUGGAUUAUCGGCUCGGUUUUCCAUGUUACGAGAACAAGAUGACCCAACUUCAAAAAUUGGCAAAGCUAGUGAUGACAGUGUGUUAUUUCCCAAGCGAGCUUCGAAAUUGAUCGACUUCGGAUUUCAAGGACACGGCCUUUCUGAUAUCGCAGAGGUUUCUUCAAUACAUGGAUCUGUUCGACCACCAUUCGCCUUUGCCAGGGCCGAUUCCGUUGCAGAUGGCUAUGGUACGGAUGAUGAAUCCCUACACACUGGUAGCAUUAUGAGUCGACCAAAGCCAGGCGAGGGCAAUGUACUUUUCGGUGGUCGUCAAAAGAUUUAUAAAAUUCCAUCAGGAUCGAAAAGUUCCGCCGAUGGGGUUGGCCUUGGGGGUCGCGUUUUGUAUGAAAACGACGUUAGUCAAUCGGCUUUCCAGAAAUUGCGAGAAAAGGAAAGGGAACAACUAUGGGAUGAGCGAAACGAUGAUGAUGAUAAUACCGCAGACAUAUCAACAACAGAGCACUCGAGAGCAGGCUCACCACCACCUGUUGGAUACAAUCGUAACAGAGAAACAUCAUCUACCACUUCUUCUGGGCCAGUGAACACUAGAAUUUCCACAGCUGCAACAUCCGUCACUUCACAACGUACGCCCUCUCUAAGUGGAUCUCACACACCAGUUUCAGCCGGAGGCUCUGUAACAAAUUCUGGCAUGGAAAGGUCUGCAACUAAAAUGCGCCGACUGUAUGAAACUGGGUUGGACCAACACGUGCAUGACCAACAGCAUUCAACCAUGAACAGAAUAGACACCUUGACCAGACAACGUGGUAUGGGUGCUCAAACACCUCCGCUGACAAUGCAUUCGCCAACAUCAGCUACCUCCUUUAAUGCAUCUGAUAAGUGGGACCGCAAGCCUGUGAUUGCCAAAGGUAGCAUGCCUAAUUUACGUGCUGCAAGCCCACCACCUAAUCAUAAUCUUCCGUCCCCGAUCAGUGGUUUCGAUUUCGGCCCAACAGUCAAGUCGGCGCAUUUGGCAGUGGAGCCAAAAUCACAGUAUGGAUUUUCGAACCCCCCUUUGAGUCCUCCAGUCAGCGAAAAUGAUGAGGCUCCACCACCAUCACAAGUCAAUGACCGCGUUAAGGCUAUGAUGGUUGGAAGUGUACCCCCCAAGACUAGUCAACAGCAUUAUGAGAGUAGAAGCCAGGCCCAGAUAAAGGACGGGAGGGAGACACCGCCACCAAGGAAGCAUUCCCCGCCGGGACCUUUUGUUCCACGGCAACAACCCGGCUCAAGAGCUCGAAAGGACUCUGGUGCAAUGCAAGAAAAUCAUUCCAAUCAAAGGCACUUCCCCCCUAAAGACCGCGCUCCCGAACCACAAUCACCGCAACAACAACGAAUUAUAAUUCCAGGGAGCGAAACCGUUUCAGCACCAUUCAUGGGUUCUCCAAUUACUCGCUCCGUAGCAUCUCCUACUAGAUCUGAAUUUUCUACCAAGGGAGGACCAAUGAGUCGGCCAUGGGGACUACCCCAGCCUCGUAGCUUCCCAAAUCUGAAGUACCGUAAUCACAAUGAUCCAUCAAUGACACCACGACCCGAUGAAUCUCAACAUCCAGCCUACCAACCAACUACUUCAGCAACUCGAGGUCCACAACAACCACUACCUGCGCCUCCAAGUAGUCCCCCAAGGACUCUGGAGAUCAAAACCACACCACCUGAUGAUGGUGAAAGACUGCCUGAAUCUCCAGCAGACUCUCCAACACUUCCGGGCUUGAGCGGAAUGGUCCGUUCACAUUUGCGAUCUGACAGUGACAGCUCAUCCAUUUAUGGGAUAACUUCAUCGGGAUUCAAUGAACAGCCAUAUUCUGACCCUGUUGAAGAGCCUUCUCGUGGCUAUAACGAGAGAGGAAACCCAUGGGACAUCAAUGACUGGGAUGAAACCCCAGUAAGUCCUUUGGCUAAAGUAAAUAGCUCCGUUCCAGCACCUCUCACAGUGAAAUCAACGGAUUCGAAUGCCGACCCUGGAUCUCCACCAAAGGCUGCAUGGGAGAGGGAGAUGGAAACACGCCACAACAGGAAUGGAAGUUCGGCUACCCAACAGGAGCGUCAGGAGUUUAAAGAUGAGCUUGCCCAACGCCGAAGGCAAGUGCAGGAAAAUCUGAAGAACCUAACACUUGAGCCUGAACGCCAGCCUGAGCGCCAGAUUGCUUCGCCCACUCCAGGAUCUGCUGUACUGCUGAAGACUAAGGCCAGCCUUGGUGCAUUAGCAAUGAAGCAGAAAGAAGCUGCUGGUCACUCCAAAGCUAUGAAAAUGUUCGGAAUAGGCAGCAGCCCAGCCGUACCCAACGGUCCUCCCCAACCACUCAAGCAAAGAAUUGAUGACAGCUCAUGGAAGGAGGAAGAAGAGGAAAUGCUUCGAAAUGUCGCUAAUUCUUCAACGCCGCCUCAGAUGAAGGCCUUUCGACAAGCUCGGAGAGAUGCUCAACGCGAUCGUGAGCAUCAAAUAGCUAUGAGACAUCAACAGAAAGGUGACGGCAAUUUCAAUGAGAUUAGCUGGUCCAAUCCAAGACCUAGUGACCCUCGACAAGCGCAUCCUUAUGAAUCAAGACUAAUGCAGGGAAUAAACGAUGUGCCUAGUAAUAUGGCACCGCGUCAAAGAGCUCAAAGUAGAGAGAGGAAGCCCCCACCAGUAACCCAUUCCCAACGAAAUGCAAAUAGGGAGAGCAAGGGUAGUAUAGGUACGAAUCAUUCCGGGUCGCGACCUGCAUCCCGCACUUCUCGUGAUCGUUCAGGUUCUGAUGCCUCUGGCCGAUCUAGAAGUCGCAAUGGUAGAUACAAGGAUGAUUUAGCUAAAGCAAUGGCCGAGGGAACGGGUACGUCGAGUCUAGGGGUUGUUGAGGAUCUUCAAAAUGCUCGCCUCAUGCUCAAGCCUACCGCGUCCGGUUUAUCUCUUGGUUCAUCUCCAAUUUUGUCACCUGGUGUUUCCGGUCGCCCAUCCCCACUUCCAUCCCCAGCGAUGAGUUCGAGACCCAGGACUAACAGCAAACCACAGCCCUCGAGUUACUUUGAUCCACAGAGCAUGCACGCUCUCCAGACUGGCGAUGCAUUAGAAAUCGGUAUCUCACCUAGACCAUCACCCGUCACCCCUUUCUCAGUAAAUUCUACGCCCUCUUUAGUUGAUCAAUCACCAAUUGGGUCAAGAUCAGCGACUCCAACAACUUCUCAGGCAAGUAGCCGUAUAGCUGCUCGCAAAAAGUCAGUCACUAAGUCCGACAUCUCGGAACCAACUUUCAUAUCAUCCACUUCUCGCAUUUCAACGAUUAACCUUCCACCUGGACCAAACCUUCAAAAUACUACGCCCCCACCUAUACCAGCAGUCAAUCCAAGAAGAAGGCAGACGAGAGCCAUGUUUGAUGCGAUUAUGGGGAAAAAGGACCCUUUAGAAUACCUUGAAAAAAAUGAGAUUUCAUUGUCUUCGCAGAGUAACGAAGAAAUGAGCACCUUCUCUGAUGAAGAGGCAACACCCAGGGAGAAACACAGGCAGAGAUUAAGAAAAAGCUCCAGCGAAGGAGGCAAUCUCAAUGCUAAGGCGAGGGAAAAGGCUUAUAAUGCACCAAGUCCGGCUAUGCCAGAUUUUUCCCCCGGACUUGGAGGCGUAAGAGGACCAACGCCAGUUCAGGAUGGAAGCAUGUUCUAAUUGCGAUAUCAUGGUAACAGCCCAUGUUAAUUUCUACUUAUUUGAUCUUAAUGUUUUACAUGAACCGUUUUCUUUGUACAUCUGCCUCGCGGCGACAAAAUAGGGCAGCGGCAUAUUGGAGUUUUUAAAACGGCAAAGAAGAAAUUCGAAUGUGUGUCUGUUUGUUUCAUACCAAAAAUUGGAAAAACAAUAUCAACGGGGAGGAGGGACAAUGGAAUGGGAGGGAGGGAAUAUGUAGCAUAUCGGGAUAGCUUAAUGGCGCAGCAGGACUGGGUUAUUAUGGAUGGGAUUGAUGGAUAUUUAGUGAGCUGGCCGGGUAUAGCGGAUUGGGUGGUCUGUAGUUUAAACUUGUACUAAAUGAGGAUAGAGCUCAUGCAAUAUGCAUUUGAGCCUUCAUCAGAUUCAUAGGAAAACAAUUGAAAAAGCAUGAACAAUUUCUUGGGACUCAUUA